CGCGCGCAGACUCACCUGUGGGCGUGGCCUCGCCUAGGCCCCGCCUGUUCCCCCCUCGCGCUCCUCCACGUGCUCCACCCCGGGGCGCGUGGGGAGGCCACACCCGGGAGCUUUCCGCUCUGCUGGCUCCUCCUCCUCCCGCCCCGGCCCACCCCGACGCCCGCGGGUCCGGAUCUCUGCGAGCCUGCUGGGAUCGAGCGCAGGCGGAACCCAGGCGCCGUCGGCCCGCGCCAGAUCUAAUCAUGAGCUACCCAGGCUAUCCCCCACCUGCUGGUGGCUACCCUCCUGCUGCACCAGGUGGCGGUCCCUGGGGAAGUGCUGCCUACCCUCCCCCCAGCAUGCCCCCAAUUGGGCUGGAUAACGUGGCCAACUAUGCAGGGCAGUUCAACCAGGACUACCUCUCAGGCAUGGCGGCCAACAUGUCUGGGACAUUUGGAGGAGCCAACAUGCCAAGCCUGUAUCCCGGGGCUCCUGGGGGUGGAUACCCUCCCGUCCCACCUGGUGGCUUUGGGCAGCCUCCCCCUGCACAGCAGCCUGUCCCUCCCUAUGGAAUGUAUCCACCCCCAGGAGGGAACCCACCCCCUGGGAUGCCCUCAUAUCCAACAUAUCCAGGGGCCCCUGUGCCAGGCCAGCCCAUGCCACCCCCUGGGCAGCAGCCCCCAGGGGCCUACCCCGGACAGCCUCCAAUGACCUACCCUGGACAGUCACCAAUGCCACCUCCAGGGCAGCAGCCAGUGCCAAGCUAUCCAGGAUACCCGGGAUCCAGUACUGUCACCCCUGCUGUGCCACCAGCCCAGUUUGGAAACCGAGGCACCAUCACAAAUGCUUCUGGCUUUGACCCCUUACGAGAUGCUGAGGUUCUGCGGAAAGCCAUGAAAGGCUUUGGAACGGAUGAACAAGCCAUCAUCGACUGCCUAGGGAGUCGCUCCAACAAGCAGCGACAGCAGAUCCUCCUGUCCUUCAAGACAGCCUAUGGCAAGGAUUUGAUCAAAGAUCUGAAGUCAGAACUGUCAGGAAACUUUGAGAAGACAAUCUUGGCCUUGAUGAAGACCCCGGUCCUACUUGAUGUGUAUGAGAUAAAGGAGGCCAUCAAGGGAGCUGGCACUGAUGAGGCCUGCCUGAUCGAGAUCCUUGCUUCCCGAAGUAACGAGCACAUCCGGGAGCUGAACAGAGUCUACAAAACAGAGUUCAAAACAACCCUGGAGGAGGCCAUUCGAAGUGACACCUCAGGACACUUCCAGCGGCUCCUCAUCUCUCUCUGUCAGGGAAACCGUGAUGAGAGCACAAAUGUGGAUAUGUCCCUUGUCCAGAGAGAUGUCCAGGACCUGUAUGCAGCUGGGGAGAACCGCCUGGGAACAGACGAGUCCAAGUUCAACGCAAUUCUGUGCUCCCGGAGCCGGGCUCACCUGGUGGCAGUUUUCAAUGAGUAUCAGAGGAUGACAGGCCGCGACAUUGAGAAGAGCAUCUGCCGGGAGAUGUCUGGGGACCUGGAGCAGGGCAUGCUGGCUGUGGUGAAAUGCCUCAAGAAUACUCCUGCUUUCUUUGCCGAGAGGCUCAACAAGGCCAUGAGGGGAGCAGGAACAAAGGACCGGACCCUGAUUCGCAUCAUGGUGUCUCGAAGUGAGCUUGACCUCCUGGAUAUCCGAGCGGAAUAUAAGCGGAUGUAUGGCAAAUCGUUGUACCAUGACAUCACGGGAGACACUUCUGGGGACUAUCGGAAGAUUCUGCUGAAGAUCUGUGGUGGCAACGACUAAGAUGUGAUUGUCUCAUUUCUGCCUCCUCCUGGCAAAGGCCACACCAGGAAAAGGCCCAAGAGUGUCCUUCAGUUUCUCCUAAUCCACCCAGUAGCCCCGAUGCACCUGUCCCCCUAAAGCCACGUCCUUGUCCUCCUCGACCCUCCUCUUUCCUCCUCAUCCUUGUAUUAUGCUGAAGGGCCCAGGUGGCCUGGCGCUCUAAGGAUGCCCCUGUCCCCGACCCCUCUCAGCCCCUUGCCCUGCAACGUGGAUGUUUUAUCUCCUGGCUUGUUGCUUGUGGCUAAGACUCUGUAGUUUCAUUGUAUUUUUAUUUGAAGACAACUUUUUUUAACCACCAUUGCCAGACAGAUGCAUACAAAUGUGUUUACUGCAUACACGUUUCUUGUGAGAGCGGGGAUGGGUGGAGCAGCAUGUCUUCCCCUAGGACAGAGAGGGGUGGGUGUUACAAGGGUUAUGUCUGUAAUCUGGUGAGAAUGUGUCAUGAGUUUUGUUUUUGCCAAACUCCUUUUUAGAAAAAGAAGGGCAAAAAGUCCAUUCGUUCCAUCUUCAUGCGAACCACAAGGACAAGGCCUGUUCCCUGCCAGUGACGGGGCGCCCUCUAGUUUGGAAUGUGCCUUAAACCUGAAUGUCUGUAGCCAAAAGCUGUUUCCAAAUUAAAGUCAGCCAACUCUGGAACAUUCUGGAAAGUC